AUGGACGAAAUGAUGGAGAAGCUUGGAAAGACGCUGGGCCCUAAUAAGGAGCCACAGGAUGAAAAGGAGUUGGUUAGAUAUUACAUUAAAGCAUUGUAAGCCAUUGCAAUACUUAAAACAAUUAUUCAACUUCCUGAGUAUGUUUAUUUGCAAGCUGACAGGAUUUUUCACUGAGAAAAUGUCGAGAUGGUGUUUAUAAAAAUUGUUGCUAAGAUAAAUUUCAAUACAAUUUUGAUUUUUGAAAUUCUAGGGCUCUAGAGGCUUGUACAGAACAGAACGCAGCGCUUCAAAAAUGCUUUCAGCGAAGCUGGUACCCUAUAUGCAGAAAAGAGCAGGAGGAUUAUUGGAAUUGCUACCGCAAGGAAACAGUAAGUAAGCUUAAA